AUGAUGGACGACCGUGAGCAGAUUCGGCUCUCGGUAAGUGCGGGGCGCCUGCCGUGACCAAGACCGUCUGGAUCUAGACAGCUGACGUGCAGUGUGCUGCAGCUAAACGAUCUUCUCAGCUUUCCAAGCCUGGCAUGCACGCAUGAGGUAAGCUUUCCAGCUCGAAUGCGAGCAUCUAUACAUUUGUGCGUCGACAAACAAAACUGACACCAGUCUUGCCCGCGGAGACGAAGUAGAGGCUGGCAUUGCUGAUCGAUGUGGCCUCGUGCUUACCUAAGUUGCACACCUCCCUCUUCUGUUCCACAUCCUCUUCCGCUUGGAAUUCAGUGCACGAGAGCCUUUCCCACACUCUUCAGAAAGCUUUUGCUUGUGCACGUCCUCCACUCACCUCCAGCAACUUGGUCACCAUGCCUCCCAAAGACAAGUACACCGAUCCUAAGGUGCGUGCAUGAAACGUGAUGAUUGCUAUGCCCGAAGCACAUUUAGGGUAGACCUCUGACGCCCGACAGAUGUUCGCUUGCAGCUUCGCGACGAAGUCAAAGAGGAGAUUCACAAAUCGGACAAGGGUGGUGCUCCUGGACAAUGGUCAGCUCGCAAAGCACAGAUGAUGGCCGGCGAGUACAAGAAACGGGGUGGGGGCUACAACACCGACAAGGAGCAGGGUCAAGAUGACUCGCAAAAGAACCUCAGCAAAUGGGGAGAGGAGGAAUGGCAGACUAAAGAUGGUGAUGCGAAUGCCAAGAACGACGAUGGCAGCAGGAAGAGGUACCUGCCCAAAGAGGUCCGUAGUAGCGUCGAGAGGCGGCCCGUAAGAUCUUGAUGCUGACUCAACCGCGCUUGACUGUUACCCGCAGGCCUGGGAGAAGAUGGACGACAAGGAAAAGGAAGAGACGGAUAAGAAAAAGCAGAAAACGUCCAAAUCCGGUCAACAAUUUGUAGGCAACACUGACAAGGCCGCAGAGGCUCGCAAGGAGGUCAGCGAGAAGGGAGGAAAGGAGAGCAAAGAUGGUGCGGCCGAGAAGGAACAAGAGCAGCCUGAGGAUGACAAUAAGCGCAAGACUAGGAGUUCCAGUCGCCCAAAAGAAGACAAAGCUGAAGAGGCGACCAACAAAAAGUCAAAGACGCAAGCCGACGAGAACAAACAUAACAAAGGGCAAGAGAAGCCAAAGAGUGGAGGCGGAAAGAAGACGGGAGCAGCUAAUGGCAAGGCGAAUGGAGAGAAGGAGAAGGCGGAGGACGGUAAAGGCAAAGCGAGCGGCAAGAAGGAAGCCGAUAUCUCGACGUCCAAGCACGAGGGCAAGCACGGCUCCAAAGGGGACUCUGCCGAAAUUCCAGACGGUGCUUCUCAAGCUAGCGCAUCUCGCCUUCCCAAAGCUGGACAAGUGGCGCAUUGGAAGUCCAUGCCUGGUUGGGUCAAGGGUGAGGUGGUCAAGGUCUUGACCGAAGCCACGACGGUGGACGGGAAAAGCGUGAAAGCUUCGAGGGAUGACCCUCGAAUCGUUCUCAAGAGCCAUGGACCUAGCGGCAAGCAGGCUGUACACAAAGCCCAGGCUGUCUACUUCUAG